CACACGUCUGACCUGCAAUUCUCUACUUGCACAACGUUGCACUCCUGCCAACCCUAUGCUGGAGCGGUAGUUAGCAUCACAGACUCCCGCAAUGGCACCUGCGAGACCAUUGAAGCGGCAAAAGACCAACCCAACUCAGGAAUCGCGCUCAGAGCCGUCGCCUCAAGAACAGGCUCAGCAGGCUGCCAGCGUUCCUCUCCCCCCAGAUACUCCUCCCGCCCCAAGCCCUUCGACUCCAAAGCAAGACCAAAGAUCGUCAUGGCUCGCCCGAACCUGGCCUCGCAAGGCCCCUCCCCUAACCCAGACACAUCGUGAGAGCGUCUCUUCCGCCUCAACGUCCUCAACUGCGGCUCCAUCUUCCACCACAACCACAGCGACGGAGGUACCUUUGCCACCAAAGGAGAAGAUCAAGUCUCAGAGAUCGCCCUCAUUAGCAAUGACCCUGGGGAAGUCAAAAUCAAACCGUUCUCUUCCUGUAGAUGCCACUACGACUCUGGUCUAUGCCACUCCAGAAGCUGCGACCUCUUCGGGUAGAAAGGACUCACAGCUAGAGUUGCCGACCAAGACCAAAGACGCUGGAAAUACCCCCAAUCCUACUGCAGACGGGCCACCACGGCCAGAGAAGACAGAUACGAGUCCAGACCAACAAGAGGUAAAUGCGGAGCCAACAUCAGAGACCUCACGACCCCCUGUACCGGCACAAGAGUCACAGGGCACAUGGCUGAGCUGGUUGGGCAGAAGAGACGGCAAUACCGCGAAGCCCGCCGAAGCACAACCACCAUCCCCCAAGGCCGUGGAAGAGACCGAAAUCCUUCCUGCAGUCGACACACCCACGGAAUCUAUAAAAGCCCCGGAACAAGUGCAAGAGCCAGCGAAAUCUCCGGCGAGUACCAGCAACAAACGAAGCUGGUAUCAGAUGUGGAACAGCGGUGAUCAGCCCAGUAGCGGGUCAGCAAUUCAACCAGAACCUCCGUCAGAGCCCCCACAGCCCAGUACCGUUAAAACGACCGAGCAUACAGAAAUCACGAAUACAAAGACGGACAACCUCGAUAUUCCACCGCCCAAAACACCCAAGGCAAAGGAAGGGUCUCAAGCUUCGUCCCUUGAAACCUCCCCACCGCCACAACUUCCAGGUGACGGGACCAAGUCGUCAGGAUGGGUAUUUUGGUCUCGAGAAAAGAAGCGCCCUGCAUCUACUGCGUCUGCGAAAUUAGAAAGCGAGCCCCAUGUUGGGGAAAUUGCAAUAUCAAACACACCUUCUCAAACCCGGCCUAAACGGGCGUCCAUCAGUCUACAGGAUGAUGGUGCGAAACCCGUGGUAAAACCAUCGGCACAAGGAGAACAAUCAAAGAAGCCCAGAGGAAAGAAGGCCACCGAAACCAAGCAACAGCCGCCAACAGAGGAGAAGCGGGCCUCGAUACCUCAGAAGAAGGGCGAUCCCGUGAGGGAGGAACCUCUGAUUACCAAAGCCACAUCAUCUAAUGCUACAGCCACUGCACGAGAACCCGCCAAAGCCUCAACGCCUCGGCCGGCGUCUCCCAUGCCGUCGAAGAAAGAACAGGAGGACCCAAGUUUACUACUUCCACAUCUCAAUGAUACGCUCACCUUCGAAGAACAACCCUCGCUCCUACAGCAACUUGCACGCCUCCUAUAUUACACCAAGGAAUCUGGUCAACCGAGACACCUCUCUCUGUUGAAAGAGCCGCCUCGAAUAAAUAAUGCUUUAGCAAUCGGCGUUCACGGCUAUUUCCCCAGCCCCAUGGUCCGAUCACUUCUAGGCCAGCCCACGGGCACCAGCAUAAAAUUCGCCGAAAAAGCCGCCCAAAACAUUCGCAGAUACACCAAAUCUCAAGGUUAUGACUGUGAAGUCAAGACAGCGGCCUUGGAAGGCGAAGGACGAAUUGCGGAGCGUGUCGAGUUGUUGUGGAAACUGCUCCUAAACUGGAUUGAUGAGAUCCGAAGAUCAGAAUUCGUCAUGAUCGCAGCUCACUCCCAAGGCGUCCCCGUAGCAAUAAUGCUUGUGGCCAAACUGAUCCAUUUUGGCUGUCUCUCGUCAACUGCCCGAGUCGGAGUCUGCGCCAUGGCAGGGGUGAACAUGGGUCCUUUCCAGGACUAUAAAUCUCCUUGGAUAACAGGUUCCGCUGGGGAGUUGUUCGAAUUCACAGACCCAAACUCCAAAGUCUCCAAAGACUACUUGGCCGCCAUCGCCGAAUGUCUGAAAUUUGGCGUCAAAGUCACUUUUGUUGGGAGCAUUGACGAUCAAUUGGUGUCGAUGGAAUCGUCGAUUUUUGCACCACUGACUCACCCACACAUCUACCGCGCGGUCUCCAUCGACUCGAGGAUCCACGCCCCCAACUUUCUAAGCAAUCUUGUCGGGUUUGUAUUGAAGUUGAGAAAUGUGGGCGUGCCGGAUCACGGAUUGAUCAGAGAGCUCUCCACGCCUCUGGCAGGGUCGCUAUAUACCGGAGAAGGACAUUCGAGACUGUACGAAGAUGACGCCGUGUAUCGCCUCGCCAUUGCCUUUGCUCUGGAGACAACCUCCACCAAAGACGUGUCGAUCUCCAGCUCGAAGCGCCAGGCACUCUCGACGAGCAGCGGCAGCGGCAGCGGCAGCGGGAGCGGCGGAAGCAGUGCGAACAACACGAAUCCGUACAUCCUGCCCUUCGCCAUGCGCGGGAUCUUGGAGGAAGACAUCGUGAAGAAAGACCUCCGAGACGAGGCCAGGCAGCUCCUCGAGCAGUUUGACGAGUGGGAGCCCAAGACCAAGGUGCUGAAGGAUGUCAAGUUCAGGCUCGAGGGCAUUAGAUCGCAGCUGUAUUAGAGCAAUCUACAGUAGAGAGAGUAAGACGCGAAGACCCCCAGACAGAUUCGAUUAAUCUACAGUUAGACGCCCCCGAGGACUCGCGACUCGCGAGAGUG